AUGAGUUUUAAGCAUGCAAGAGAUGCCUUGGUUCUAUGUCAUGACAACGGAGUGAUAGGCGACGAGGAAUUUUGCUUGCUAUACGAUGCAAAUCGAUCGAAAAAUCCCGAAUUUCCGUACGAAGAGUAUGGAAAAUUUGAUCUUGAAGAUAUGGGGGACGAUGAAUGUAAAGCGGAAUUUCGCUUCCAUACAGAAGACAUCCCGGUGCUGGCAGAAGUCCUUGGUUUACCCGAAACUUUCACCUGCAGCCAGGGAUCCGUGACUAAUGGCAUUGAAGGGCUAUGCAUUAUGCUGAAAAGAUUUAGCUACCCCUGCAGGUACUCGGGUUUAAUUCCCCGUUUUGGUCACGCUGUUCCUGUGAUGAGCAUGAUCUGUAACACAGUAGUUGACUUCGUUUACAACCUCCAUGGCCAUAGAAUAACUGAGUACAAUCACAACCUUCUUGAUUCGGCUAGCCUUCAAGUCUAUGCAGAUGCAGUUUUUGCAAAAGGUGCCGCCCUGGAUAAUUGUUUUGGUUUUGUGGAUGGCACGGUCAGGCCCAUUUGUCGCCCUGGGGAAAUGCAAAGAGCUGUAUACAAUGGACACAAACGUGUACAUGGACUAAAAUUUCAGUCAGUUGCUCUACCAAAUGGACUCAUCGCAAAUCUUUUUGGACCUGUAGGUUAGUGCAUUAUUCAUUUCGGCUAAUACCAAGGCAAUGGGAAGGUAUAAACAUGAGGCAUAUGAUUUCUUUAAAUCCCUUGGCCACUUGUAGUGUUGGCUUUUUUUUUUCAGACUGAACUCAAAUGAUUCUAUUCAUGUGACCUCUGUCACGAAUUGUCAGAGUUCACAUGCAUUGCAGUACGUUAUGACAUAGACACAUUUGUUUUGUAACUUACCGUACCUGUGAACAGAUGUAUAUAGGGAGACAACAUAAAAAUUAUAUGUUAAUUUAUUAGUAGGUAUUUGUACAUAAAUGAGUUGAGCCUCAAAUAAGCACACAUAUCUAUCAAGGUCAAAAGGGUUUUGGUUUUACAUAGUAUUACUGUAACUGGUUUGAAGGAAGUAUUAAAUUUCAAGAUUGUAAGCUCAACAUCAACAAUAUUCCAAAACUCCACUAUAUCUCUUUUACAGAAGGGAGAAAACAUGAUGCAUCAAUGCUGGAUGAGUCUGGUCUGUUGAAUGAGCUCGAGAGGCAUGCAUUUUCACCAACUGGCCAGGCAAUGUGUAUUUAUGGUGAUCCAGCAUAUCCCCACCGUGUUCAUCUGCAAAGACCAUUUCAGUAUGGAGGACUGACACAUCAGAUGCAAAGUUUCAAUGAGUCCAUGAGUAAAGUUCGUUCCAUAGUCGAGUGGAUUUUUGGGGACAUGAGUAACUAUUUUAAAUUUUUAGAUUUUAAGAAAGACUUGAAGCUGGAUUUAAGCCCCAUUGGGAAAAUGUACAUUGUCUGUGCCUUACUUAGGAAUGCACUUACUUGCCUUUAUGGUAACACAACCUCUGAGUUUUUCCAGUUAGACCCUCCAUCUCUGGAAGAUUACUUUGCUUAA